CGCGAGAGAGGGCAGUACGCGUGCGCAGGCUGAGGUACAUCGACCGGGUGCGUGCGCGAGCGAGAAGGGUGCGGGAGAACAAAUCUCGCCAGGGAAUAUAAAGUGUGGCAUAGCGGCUCCGCUUCCUCGCAGUGUGUUUACCACCUUGGCAUAGUGACGAUUGUCUGUUGAAAGCAGAUAUAGGUAGCUUGAUUCCGUUUGUUAAUCAGGUGGUGAACGAGGAGUAGACACGAGCCUUGUUUACUACGAUUCAAGAAACGGUAUUUGUUUAUUUAUUACACUGGCUUCUCCUAGUCUUCAUUACUGAGAAAGGGGAUGUGUUCUCGUCUUGAUACGCUUGUGUGUCUGUCAGCCCGCUUUGUGAUUACCGCCUAGCCUCUGGAUUGUUUAGUGCCUUCAGAUGCCUUCACGCGAAUCUGUGAGCAUAAUGAGCUGCGACACCACCGACUGUUGCAGUCCCGAGCGCCUUCGCGACGAGGUCAGAAACAAUGGUAAGGUGAUUCUCUUGGACUGCCGGCCACAGGUCGACUUCUGCCGUGCCCACAUUCGGGGAGCCAUCAACGUUACUCUACCCACUCUCAUGAUCAAACGGCUGAAGCGGGGCAGCUUGAAUGUGACGUCAGUCAUUCAGAACAACGAGGCCAAGGAGCGCUUCACCAAACUCUGCAAGUCUCAUGUCAUCGUGUUGUACGACGACUGCAGCACGGACCUCAACGCUAACCCGUCCAGUGUCCUCACACUGCUGGUCAAAAAACUACGACAGGACGACUACAAGGUUUCCUUCUUGAUCGGAGGAUUUUCAACAUUCGAGGAACGAUUCCCCGAGUAUUGCCAGUCUGAAGGGGUAACGGACAAUACUAUCCUGGGACUGUGUAAUCUAAGGAUAUCUGAAGAUUCAGCUUACGCUUCUAGUGAAAGCUCGGGCGGAGAACUGGAGAACACGCCUCACAUGUCUCCGUUCCCAGUUGAAGUGCUUCCGUAUCUUUACCUCGGCAAUGCCAAGAAUUCUGCUGAUUUAAACCAGUUAAAGAAGAAUGGUAUCCAUUACAUUCUGAACGUCACUCCAAACGUACCCAACAUGUUUGAAGAAGAUGGCAACUUUAAGUACCUGCAGAUCCCCAUUAGUGAUCACUGGUCACAGAACCUGUCCUCGUUCUUCCCAGAUGCCAUAGCAUUCAUUGAUGAGGCACGACUCAACAAGCAGGGGGUACUGGUCCACUGUCUGGCUGGCAUCUCCCGCUCUGUCACAGUCACCGUAGCCUAUCUGAUGUCUAAGCAGUCCAUGUGCCUCAAUGAAGCCUAUGACUUUGUUAAGAAAUGCAAGCCCAACAUCUCUCCUAACUUUACAUUUAUGGGGCAGCUUCUUGACUUUGAGAAAGCACUACAUCAUAAAAAUCACUGUGGCUGCAGUGCCCACCAAUCUGAUGAUGACGAUGGUGUACCACCAAGUGACUGUGACUCUGACAAAACUAGUCCACCAUUUCAGAAUAGUCCGCUUUGAAAAAAAAGUCUGAAGUAAUGUUCUUCGACCCCAGAUGUUCUUAUAGUCUACCAUUUCAGAAUAGUCCACUUUGAAGAAAGUGAAGUUGAGUGUUCUUCAGCCCAGAUGUCCAUAUAAGUUUGUCAGAGGAUGGUUUUUUUAAUUCUUGGAAGUCAGCAAUCAUACAAUUUUAAAAUGACUUGAGCAUGCUUACCGUGAAACUAUUUU